GUUCUGAUUGGACGAGGAAGCCAGGUGUUGUAGUUCAGUGGGCUGUUCGCUGCUUCGUGACAUCGUCAUAUAUAAAUAUACCGAGCGGCCGCGGCGGCGACACACACCGACACGCACCGGGGGAAGCUCACCGCCAGCUGCGCUUCACUUCACACAGUCACGAUGCCUGGAUCAGCCUCAGUCAGUUGCUCGGGACCAUGGCCCAAAGACGUGGGCGUCAUCGCCAUGGAGCUGUACUUCCCGGCGCAGUACGUGGACCAGGCGGAGCUGGAGCAGUUUGACGGCGCGUCGGCCGGCAAGUACACGGUGGGCCUGGGCCAGGCCCGCAUGGGCUUCUGCUCGGACCGCGAGGACAUCAACUCGCUGUGUCUGACCGUGGUCCAGCGGCUGAUGGAGCGCAACGGCCUGUCCUACGACAGCGUGGGCCGCCUGGAGGUCGGCACCGAGACCAUCAUCGACAAGUCCAAGUCGGUGAAGACGGUCGUAAUGCAGCUGUUCGAGGACUCGGGCAACACGGACGUGGAGGGCGUCGACACCACCAACGCCUGCUACGGCGGCACGGCGGCGCUCUUCAACGCCGUCAACUGGGUGGAGUCGAGCUCGUGGGACGGCCGUUAUGCUCUGGUGGUCGCCGGUGACAUCGCCGUCUACGCCACAGGAAGUGCCCGACCCACCGGGGGUGCUGGUGCCGUGGCCAUGCUGGUCGGCCCCAACGCUCCUCUGGCCUUUGAGCGAGGUCUGCGAGGAACUCACAUGCAACACGCGUACGACUUCUACAAGCCCGACCUGGUGUCGGAGUAUCCGGUGGUGGACGGCAAGCUGUCGAUCGAGUGCUACCUGAGCGCCUUAGACCGCUGCUAUGCUGUGUACCGCAACAAGAUCCACGCACAGUGGCAGAGAGAGGGUUCGGAGAAGCGCUUCACCCUUGAGGACUUUGGUUUCCUCGUCUUUCACUCUCCGUACUGCAAACUGGUGCAGAAGUCGUUGGCCCGACUGAUGCUGAACGACUUCCUGAGCCACCGCGGCCCGAACACGGAGACGGGACCCUUUGCCGGCCUCGAUGCCUUCAGAGAUGUGAAACCAGAGGAGAGCUACUUCGACCGGGACGUGGAGAAGGCGUUCAUGAAGGCCAGCUCCGAUCUGUUCGAGAGGAAGACCAAAGCCUCCCUGCUCGUCUCCAACGAGAACGGGAACAUGUACACGCCAUCCGUGUACGGCUGCCUGGCGUCACACAUCGCACAACACUCUGCGUCGCAGAUCGCAGGACAGCGAGUCGGAGUUUUCUCCUACGGUUCGGGAUUCGCUGCCACUCUGUAUUCUCUCCGAGUCACACAGGACCACACACCUGGAUCUGCUCUUGAUAAACUGGUGUCCAGCCUGAGCGACUUGAAGCUGCGUCUGGACUCGAGGAGGAAGGUUUCACCCGCCGUCUUCUCUGACAUCAUGAAGCUGAGGGAGGAGACUCACCACUUGGCGAGCUACGUCCCUCGAGGCUCGGUGGACGAUCUGUUCCCGGGAACGUGGUACCUGACAAGAGUGGACGAGAAACACCGGCGGGAAUACGCCCGCAGUCCUCUGGACCGUGACCUGCCGGCAGAGCCUGAGCUCCUUGCUCGCGCCAACGCAACAACAGAGCACAUCCCGAGUCCCGUCAAGAAGAUGCCUCGCAUCCCGGCCGCCGCCGCCGGCCCAGAGGCUGCGGUCAGCAACUGAGAGCUGGUCUUAACCUCCGAGAGGUAUCGAACCACAGACUUUAUAUGACACCAGAAGGUGUCACCCACCGCCCACAUCAUCAUCAUCAUCGUAUGUUAAAACUUCACUUGUGUCGGACAGAGCGGAGCUCCACUGUCCUGCCUGGUCUCCUCCCACCAUCGCCCCCUGCUGGAUGUCCACACGAAAACUAUCACAGUAACUUUUCAAUUAGAUGUAUUCUAAUUUUACACUUUUCUUUUUACAUAUAUGCUCGCAUUUGUGGAACAAAAUGGCGGUUGUUAAUCUGGGAGGGGCCCCGGCAGAUGUUUGUCAGCGGAGCGGACUUCCUGCUGGCAGCUGGCCGCCAGGGACAGGAAGAGGAAAUGAAUAUAAUUAAUCAGGCCUCCUGCUGAUGAAAAGAAAAGAAAGGCAUCGGGGGUGGGGCCUCAACUUCUGUGUUUAUGUAUCUGAUAAUGCUGCUGCUGCUGUCGCCAUGGCAACCCAGCGUGAGGCAGAGUCCGGGAGAUGAACAAUGGUGACUCGCUGGUUUUAGUCUUAAUCUUAAUCCAGAGAUUCACAUGACGUCAGCCUGUUUUUUUUCUUUUCGCCUCCAGUUACUCAUAAACGUCGGAACCUCAUCGGGGUUCACUUCACUUCUCUUCAGCCCGGUCGUUCUCUAAUUAAAAACAGCUGGAGGACAAUCUGCCGUAAUAACACCCUUAUAUAUUUCAUCUUUACGUAAAAUGAGUCGUCGGUUAAUCAGAAAAUAUUUGUUAAUGACCUCAUCAUUUAAACUCUUGAAUCUCCGGGGUUUUUUUCCUGUUGGUUCAUUGAUGAUGACGUCACUCGUUUUCAGACCAAGGUGAUAAAUUCCUAUAACGUGAAAUGUUUCACAUUAUAAUCUAAUAAAUUUAUUCGUCGUGAUAAUGUAAAAAAACCCACAUUAUUAAUUGUAUAAAUAAUUAUAAUGUGAUGUUUCAUUCCAUUACAACAUAGAAACUCAUGUUAUAAGGUGAAAAGCUUAACGACAUGUCUUUCACGUUUUAACUCGAUUUUUACGUUAUAAAGGGAUAAAUUGUUUUCAAGUAAAAGAUUUUAAGUUUUAACGUGAUCAUUUCCUGUAUUAGUAUGAAUAUGAAAUGUUUCAUGUUAUUAGAUUUUUUUUACGAUAGCAGAUAUUAUAAUGUUAAAAUGUAAUUUAUUCACGUAAAACAUUUCACGUUGUGACAUAAUACAUUUCUAUAUUGUAAUAACAUGUUUAACGACAUACCGACUAAUCAGUUUUUAACAAACUAUGUUUUUUAUUCACCUAAAACAUUUACGGAAUAGAUCAUAAAAAAAUGUCUACUAUGGAAAUAUUUUUACGUUAUAAUUGUAUCUCGUAAUAACGUGAAAACAAAACAGAAUUUACUGUAAUAACGAGAUGUUUUCACGUCAUUGGAAGAACUAGAUGAUUAUAAUAGAUGUAAUUAUCAGUGGUAGCCAUUUUUCUUUCGUCAAACCACUUUGUAAUGUCAUUUCUUUUUCUUUCUAGUGUCGAUACAUGUGUAGCAACAUGUACAGUCACAGUUCAACAUCUGUAGAAUCAUCAGUGGGUUUCAGAUUUCUCUGAAGCAGAUUUUUAAAUGUGCUAUUAUGAAACAGUGAUUAUUAAUAUCAAGGUUGGUUUGUUCUCACUGUAGCUGAAGUGUAACAGGAUUUCACCCCGAACCUUAAAUGACAAAGGGCUGACGUUUGAACUCGUCGUAGAUCAGGAGACUGAGCGGUUUCAAAUGACAAAAAUAUUAAAGACAAACAUCUGUUGACAUGGAACUCGGACAGGAAACAUCAGCCUUACUUUAAGGAUUUGUUUGUUGGUGUCUUCCACAGAUUGUAAAUAAAGAUGGACGACACGUCUCCACUUCGUCCCGUUGUACAAAAAAAGGAAGCCAAAAUGUCUCUAAUACGAACGCCACCAUCUUGUUCUGGUUGUGUCACAUCAGAAACACCUUAAACGUAUACUUAAAUAUUUUUACUUUGGUCCAUGUCCCAUCUGCUAACAUGGAGGUGGGUGGGGCUUAUGACCUGUACAGCAGCCAGCCACCAGGGGGCGAUCCAGUCAUUUUGGCUUCACUUUUUCGCAGCCGUCACGUCGUUCAUGUCCAUCUUUAUUUUACCGUCUGUGCUUUGCUUCCUGCUCUAACGAUCCGAGCGGUCGUGUCGGUCGACGGCGAGGUGACCUCGCUCUGGAGAAGCCUUACAACAACACACGUCUAUGAUUUGUAAUUUUUUUCCUCCAAUAAUGUACAGAUAUUCUUUUUAAUUGUACAGUCAGACUCGGUUCCUCCGGCGUCGGGCUCGGUGCGAUGCGACCGUAGCAGGAAGUGUGUGUGUCAGGCCCGUCGCCGAGGUCACGUGAUCUUUACACAUGUACAGUACAAACUGUAAGAUUAUUUAUGCUGCGUAGCUUUGAAUGAGUGAAUGCAGAUGGAUUUUAUGCAGAUGCUCUGUGUAAACCUGUAGAUUCAAAAUAAAUGGGACUUUCAACA